CUUUACGCUAUCGGCCAGUAUGCCCGCCGUUUGCGAUGGAUGUGCCGUGACGCAAUAGAACGCAACGAUGUGUCCAAGUUAUGUGCGGUUCUGCGGCUAAGAGACGAUCUGCUACACUGUGUUUCGCUAGUCAAUCGCAACCAUGGUGUGCUGUUUUUCAACGUUAGCGCAUCCUGGCUCGUUUUAGUAGCGUGCAUCGUGUAUUUUGACUUUAUAUACAGUGGCUUACAGCUGAAUCCCGGACAUCCGUACAUUCUGGAGCACACAAUAAUGUUGAUCUGGAAAAGUGUACUCCUCGGCGGACUGUCGGCAGUAGCAGGAUCGGUAACGGAAAAGUUAAAGGAAAUAGCGCAAACAACGAGACACUGCAGGAUGGCUACACUGCACAACCGACCGUUGGCGAAAAUGAUCGAUAAGCUGCUGAUCAAGUGCCAAUUUCAGGACAUUUGCUUCACCGUGUACGGAUUGUUUACGAUGGACAACAGCUUAAACUACAUGGUUAUUAGCUCUGUAGUGACGUACCUAGUGAUAAUCACCCAGUUCCGUCAAAUAGAAAUUGAAAAAGAAAUCAAAGCGACAGGAACAGUUUAGUCUUUUUAAGGGACAAGCGAAAUUGUUCGCUAAAUUCGAAUUGUUGGGAAAACAAGGAUU